AGAGAGAGAGAGAGAGAGACAGAGAGGGAAACAAAGGUCUAAUGUCCGAAAACAUGACUGAUGUGCCUGUGGACGCAGCUGCAUCUGUGGGUGCACUUGGAGGACUAUCUGAAGCCGAAAGUGAGGAGCUGAAGAUAGAACUCGUAAAGGUGGAAGAAGAAAUAUCAACACUUCGACAGGUGUUAUUUGCCAAAGAAAAACAUGCCUCUGAGAUCAAAAGGAAGUUGGGGUUGACUCCAUUUAAUGAGCUGAAGGACAAUUUUAGCAAAAGCUGGCAGAAUGUGCAAACGUCUAACGCUUAUACAAGAGCAUCUGGAACAGUUGAAGAUUUGAAUAAGACAAUAACUCAGUCUGAAGUAUACAAGAAGACUCAAGAAACACUUUCUCAAGCUGGACAAAAGACGUCUGCUGUUUUUCUAAACGUUAGCUCAGCUAUUAGCAAGAAACUGGAAGACAUGAAGAACACACCGACCUUUAAGUCAUUUGAAGGCACAGUUGAAAAUUUAAAGUCUAAAGUUGUUGGAACUGAAGAAAACACAGGUGGCUUUAAUUCCCCUCCUGCUACAAGUCCGAAUGCAGAGAUGAAGUCUCCACAGGACAGUUCCCCCUUCUGAGCAAAGCUGGUCUAUUCACUCCAUUUUGUUUAACCUUCUCAAUCUACACAAGGGAUUUUAACGCAGUCACACACCACGUAUAUGUAAAUACACUUAUGGUUAUUCAAUGCCCAUAAGGUGAAAACUUGCUUUACUGCUGAUCUCAUGGAAGUCUCAGAUAACCAUUUUGUAAUAUGAAAACGUUGAAGAAGAAUAUUGUCCUCUAUAGUUGAAUUUUUUUUCUCUCUCUUUGUAAAGCUAUUGCCACUAUUUUAAAACUAGCUUUUACUAACUUAAAACCUCAAUUCUGACGGUAGCAAACACCUGGGACACUAAUAUAAAGUCAGAGUCAUAUCAUACUAGCCUUACUUUGUUCUUUAAUAAUGCUUUUUAUACAAAAGGGCCAACUCUGGGACAUAAGUGAAUAGAAUUUCCAUUACUAUAGCAUGCGGAUGUGCCACAAACCUAAACAAGUGCUUAUUUGGAAGGUGAUUGGAGAUUUACUUCUGCUUUUGUGGAUGUCCAGUGGCACUGAACAUACAUUUAGUAAUUGUUAGAGACUGAAUCAAGUUGCAUUUUCUUUAAAGAGCUGCCAAAAAAAUAUUACAUGGUUACAGAUUAUGGUUUAUAUCCAGUGGGCUAUUAGGAAUGUAAAAAUAAAUCUGUAGUGGACUUUAAUGGGACAAAACACAAUGUAGGUUUAGUUUGGAAUGCUUGAUCCAUUAUGGGUAUUUCUGUUUAAAACUGCUUCUAUUUGGGGACUGAAAGGGGUGUUUUGGAUAGUUCUAUUACAACUGUAUGACCGGGAUAUAAUUGUACAUUUCCCUUACUUUCAUUCAAUAGGAUGUUCUCAAUUAAACACCAGUUAUUAAAGCAUUCC